UGUUCAGCAGGGGAAGAAAGUGAGGAGGAAGAAGAGACAGGGGGAAAAGGAAAGAGGGAGGAGGAAAGCCAGGGGCUCCUUUCAUCUGUACUGCUUCGAUUAAACCGGGGAAGAAGUACUAGCUCUAGUUUUUUCCUCUUGAAGUGAGGGGUGGUUUUUUUUAUUUUUUUAAAUUGAACUUUACAGAAAUCAAAUUAUUGGAUUUUUUUUUAUUCUCUAUAUUUUGCUGCACAGUAAGACUGCACCACAGCUGCAUCUUUGGGACUAUAUAGAAAUAUUUACUUAAAUUAUUGAACGGGGGGAAAUCUCAAACUGUGAAGUGUCUUUAAAAGAGAGUGAGCUGAGAACCUCAAUUUUUUUUUCUAUUUAUUUUUCCCGUGGAAGGUUUCUUUAGCCUAAAGGUAUACAAAUGCUCUCAGUCCAGCCAGACACCAAGCCGAAAGGUUGUGCUGGCUGCAACCGUAAGAUCAAGGACAGGUAUCUUCUAAAAGCCCUGGACAAAUAUUGGCAUGAGGACUGCCUGAAGUGUGCUUGCUGUGACUGUCGUUUGGGGGAGGUGGGCUCCACCUUGUACACCAAAGCCAACCUUAUCCUUUGUCGCAGAGACUACCUGAGGUUAUUUGGUGUUACAGGAAACUGUGCUGCUUGCAGUAAGCUCAUACCUGCUUUUGAGAUGGUGAUGAGAGCCAAGGAAAAUGUUUACCACCUGGACUGUUUUGCAUGUCAACUUUGUAAUCAGAGAUUUUGUGUUGGAGACAAAUUUUUCCUAAAGAACAACAUGAUUCUGUGCCAGACAGACUAUGAGGAGGGUUUAAUGAAAGAAGGUUACGCACCCCAGGUUCGCUGAUCUGCCACCACGUCGUUAAGAAUAUAAAGCACUAUGUUCUUUUAUCUUUUUUGCUCAACAUGUAUAUAAGAAAUGACACAGGAUCCUACUGAAUAGCGUAGAUAUAGAGAGACAGGAUGGUCACGUGGAAUAAAAGGCGGACUGCAUAUGUAUGUAGUGAAAAUUGCUCCAGUUCAGAGUUGAAUGUUUAUUAAAAAAGGUAACUGUACAUACUGCUGGAUUUUUAUUUUAUUUUAUUUUUGGGAGCUUGCCAUUGUUUUUUUUCCUUUUUGUGUCAUUUGGCAUGAGAUGUUUAUUUUGGACUAUUGUAUAUAAUGUAUUGUAAUAUUUGAAGCACAAAUGUAAUACAGUUUUAUUGUGUUA